AUGAAAGAAGAACCUAAAUAUGAGUACGAAUCUGAUGAUAUCAAGGAAGAGUACCAGUCAGACUCUGGCAGUGACUAUGAGCAGCCUAAAAAGAAAAAGAAGAAAAAGGUCACUCCGAGGAAAAAUGAGUCCGUGAAAAAGGAGCCUGGAGAGACCAAAAAGCGAAAAAGCACGACCACUGCUGGCAAAAGUCCGACGAAAAAGGUCAAAAAAGAGGAGAAACCGGAAGAUCCGAAGUGGGAAUGGUGGAACGAAGACCCAGACGAGAAAAGGAGACGAGAAGAAGAGGGAAUCAAAUGGACGAGCUUAGAGCACAAAGGUCCCUUCUUUCCCCCGGAAUAUGAAAGACUACCAAGUGGCGUAAAGUUCAAGUACAAUGGUGAGCCAAUGGUACUUUCCGAUGCGGCCGAAGAAGUCAUGGGCUUCUACGCUGCUAUGUUGAGAACAGACUAUGUUACUGACCCAGUCAAGUCUGAACUCUUCAAUAAAAACUUCUUUUCUGAUUGGAGAAAAGAAAUGACGGACGAGGAGCGCAAGAAAAUCAAGUCGCUCGAUAAGUGUGAUUUCACCGCUGUUCUCGAAUACUUCGAUGAGCAGCGCGAGAUCAAAAAAGGGCGAAGUAAAGAAGAGAAGCAGGAGGAAAAAGAGCGAAAUGCAAAGAUAACGGAGGAGUAUGGCUUUUGCAUGUGGGACCAUCACAAAGAGAAGAUCGGCAACUUCCGCCUCGAACCUCCAGGACUGUUCCGUGGACGAGGAGAGCACCCUAAGAUGGGCAAGUUAAAGAAGAGGAUCACCGCGAACGACAUCAUCAUUAAUAUUGCCAAAGGCGCAGAGGUUCCCAAACCGCCGCCGGGGCAGAAGUGGAAGGAAGUCCGUAACGACAACAAAGUUACGUGGCUUGCUUGUUGGAUCGAGAAUGUGCAAGGUCAAUACAAGUAUAUUAUGUUGAACGCCAACUCGAGGAUAAAGGGAGAAAAGGAUUGGCUCAAGUAUGAAAAGGCGCGCAAGCUGAAAGACAUCAUUGAUGAUGUUCGGCGUUCUUACGAGGCCGACUUGCAAGAUAAGAUGAUGGCUAACCGACAGCGAGCAGUAGCCAUGUAUUUCAUCGAUAAACUGGCGCUGAGAGCUGGCAACGAAAAGGAUACCGACGAAGCAGCGGACACUGUGGGCUGCUGCUCUCUUCGAGUUGAGCAUGUCAAGUUGCACGACGAACACGUGAUUGACGGAGAACGAAAACAGUAUGUCAUUGAGUUUGACUUCCUCGGUAAAGAUUCUAUGCGCUAUCACAACUACACGCAAGUUACGAAGCGCGUCUACAAAAACGUCCGCAUUUUCUGCGAAAACAAAAACGGGGAGGACGAGCUCUUUGAUCGACUUGACACAACGAAACUCAACAAGCAUCUGAACUCGAUUAUGGACGGACUCACUGCCAAGGUUUUCCGUACCUACAACGCUUCGAAAACGCUGCAGGAGCAACUUGAUGAAACAACCAAAGCGGAUCUAAGCGUUGCUGAGUACGUGUUAACCUACAACAACGCCAACCGGCAAGUGGCGGUUCUUUGUAAUCACAAACGUACCGCACCUAAGACCUUCGACGAUCAGAUGAAGAAAGCGGAAGAGAAGAUUGAGGACAAGGAAGAGAAAAUAAAGGAAAAGAAGAAAGAAAUUAAGGCGGCUAAAAAGAACGGGGAUGAUACCACCAAGAAGAAGGCACAACUGGCUCGAUUGGAAGAUCAGCUAGUGAAGUUGAAAUGUGCGAAGACUGAUCGCGAGGAGAACAAAGAAAUUGCUCUUGGCACCUCCAAGCUUAAUUAUCUCGAUCCAAGGAUAACAGUCGGUUGGUGCAAAAAGUGGGACGUUCCGAUCGAAAAAGUUUAUAAUAAAACGCAGCGCGACAAAUUCGCUUGGGCGAUCGCAAUGGCUGGGAGCGACUUCUCCUUCUAA